AUGACAACACGCACUGAAAAGUUCCAGCGCAAACCUCGCGAUGAAGAUUCCGAGCCCGCAGAAGCUCAGGAAAUUCUAAGAUUUUCCCCCGAGGAAGAAGCUUUCCUCCUCGCCGAAUCAAACACCAUCAAAGCUACCGCAAACACUUUGUUCGCCCAGAAAUCCUACGAAAAAGCCAUCGAUACAUAUGAAAGCGCAUUAUCAACAUGUCCGAAUUAUUUAGAAUAUGAAAGAGCGGUAUUGAAGAGUAAUGUGGCUGCUUGUCAUUUGAAGUUAGAGAAGUGGAAGGAGGCUGCCAAAGCAAGUUCAGAAGCUCUAGAUGGGUUGGAGAAACUGCAGAAAGACGAAGAGAAGAAUGGGGCAGGUAAUGGGGAUGGGGACGAGGAAGCAAAGAAAGAGGAAGUGAAAGAAGAGGAAGAGGCAGAUGAGGAAAUAAUAAGUGAAGGUGCAACAAAAGCGGAGGAUACAAAAGGGAAGGAUAUUGAUGAUGCGAAAGAUAGUCGAGCAAAAGAUAUUGAGAGGAUAAGAGCGAAAGCUUUGAUGAGGAGAGCGAGGGCUAGGAGUGAACAGGAUGGAUGGUCUAUUUUGGCGGGUGCCGUGGAAGACUAUAAACUCCUUUCCACCUUCACCAACCUCUCCGCCAUCGAUCGCAAAACAGUCCAAACACAACUCCGUCUCUUACCACCCCGAAGCAAAGCAGCACAAGAUCGAGAAAUGGGAGAAAUGAUGGGAAAAUUAAAGCAGGUUAGUUUGAUUGAUUCUUUUCGGAAAUGGCAUACUGAAGCCAUUUGGGUUAUCUACAGACAAUUUUCAAAUGGUCAAAGAUGA